AUGAGUAGACAUAGCAAAAAUAUGAAUGGUAAACCUAAAAAUUUGCACAUCUUAUUCGUAUUGGAGAGAAAAAGCUCCACCACAAAAAUUCGAAAGAACAAAGAUGAAUGCUCUAAAGGUCAUUACAUUUCUUGUAUUAGAUCACAGAUUUCCAGUUUGGAUUUACGUGUGGAAGAAUCGAAACAUACAAGAAAUUCAAUCCCAUUAUCACAAACAAAAAUUGUUAAACACAACAUCAAUACUCCAUCAGAGUUCCAUCAUUGCUGUACUCAAGAACCUCCAGACAUUGAAGAAGUGGUCCUGCUGGAGGAGCUUCGUGAAUGUGAAUCAAAAAUAGAAACUGAAUUGAAAAACAUGUUGCAAGUGAUUAAAACCAAGGACUUUCAAAUUAAGACACUUACCAAAAAACUGGAGAAAUAUGAAACGAAUUACUUCUUCCGGAUCCUAAAACAUGUAGUAAUUGAAGCAGAGAGAAAGAAAAGUGAUAAUAGAAAUUCUGCUUUAGCCAUUAAAACAAUCCUGCUAAAAUAUGGGAAGGACAAAAAUAUUUUUUAA